AUGAUGCAACUCGUGGAUGGAAAUGACUUGACUGUACAAGUAAGUACUAUUGGUAAUACUUAUGGCACCACAACUCUUUCGUAUGCGACUUCCGACCUUCAUUCCAUGGAAUACUAUUUCGCCCUCAGUGGCACCACCGGCGUCUCCGCUAUCGGCCAGAAGUGGAAUACUAUCAACUAUGCAACCUUGAUAUCGAACUGCACUGGCCUCCCUUUCCAUAACCCCAGCUGGUCUGAUGGCAACGAAGUGUGGCAGAACUGGAUGUACACCCUCAAACAUUGCUACCCGCUCCUCCAAGAUUCGCCGGCGCUAGGACUGGUGGAUCCGGCUUGGGCGAGGUCUGAUCAACAGAUUGCGAUGUAUGACCCUCCCCGGGCUCUGGUUCCGGGGAAGGCUUUAGGUCCUGCGCCACCAGCCCCAAUGCCAAAUUCGGGCGCUCCAGCGGCUGCUGCUGUUGCUGCUCCAGCAUCCCAAGCUGCGAAGCCUACCCCUACGCCGACGCCCGCGCCAAGUAUACCUGCGCCGGUCAGCUCACCAGAAGGUGAUCCACCAAGUGGCAGUUCGAACGACCCAGCGCCUGCGAAGGAUUCAGCCGCCAACGAUCCACAAGCCAACAUUGAUCCUGCCGCUGCGACUCCUGCGCCUGCCAAGGACUCAGCUAGCGGUGAUCUGAAUACGGACAGUGACCCUGCAAAUGUGAAGCCAAAGCCUGCGAACGACCCAGCGUCUGCGAAGGAUUCAUUCAACAGCGAUUCAUCCAUUGUGCCUCAAAACCCCAAGAGUGACCCUGCAGACGAAAGUGAAUCUCAAAACAUGGACUCGCAACCUGCUGAGCCUGCUCCGGCACUAGCACCCUCCGUAACCACUAUCGCUGGCCAUAGCAUCCAAGUACCUGCAUCUCAAUCUAUUGUAGGUGUGGUCCUCGUCGAUGGUCAGUCCAUCACAGCCGGACACGAUACAACAACUGUUUCGAGUACACAAAUCGCUCUUCACACCAAUGGUGACCUCGCUCUGGGUACUUCUGCGGUUCACAACGUUCUUCCCUUUGAUUCUCCAGCCCCGGCACAAGCGCUCUUUGUCACCACGGUUGCAGGCCACAGCAUUCAAAUCGCCCCGUCUCGGCCCAGCGUAGUCAUGGUCGAUGGUCAACCCGUCAGCGCUGGCGCAUCUCCGACGACCGUAUCCAGCACACACAUCGCCCUCCACACCAACGGCGACCUCAUCCUCGGCACAUCAACCAUCCACAACAUCCUCCCCCACGCACCUCCAGUCCCACUGUCCUACUCCACAGUCGGCAGCCAAACCAUCACCCUCUCCUCAUCCCGGUAUCUCGCCGCCGGCACCACCCACGCACCCGGAGACCCUGGCUUCGCAGCCGACAGCACCAUUGUCUCUCUUGGUUCCUCAGCCCUGCACAUAGGCUCCGGUACCAUCCCCAUCUCCCCACCCAAUCCUGCACUGCCAGCAAUCAUCACCACUGCUGCCGGCCAUCUUCUCACUCUCCUCCCGAGCGGCAUAGUCGUCGCAGCCCUCCCAUCCGGCGCCAUCGCGGUCGCAGGCGUGACGCCCACAUCUAACGCGCCCGCCAUCACUGUCUCCGGCACACUCAUGUCGCUGGGUGCCAAUGGGUUUGUGAACGGGACGACCACCAUAUCGUUACCGAGCGUUGAGACUGCUUCGCCAAGAGGAGGACUGGGGGGGGGUUAG